AUGGCAGGUGACACUAAUUUAGAGGGUGAUGACUUUUGCUUGAAUGGUAUGUUCCACACAUGUACAUAUAGUUUCAACUGGGAUAAAGAUGCACAAAGAUCUGAAGAUGAUCAUAAAUUUACAGGUUUAUGUAGUGAUUUUUACAAAAAUGUAAUUAAGGGUAAAGAGUCUACAAAUUUCUCUAAAUUGUGUGCAGUUCUUGCAAUGUAUUUAAAACAUAUUGGAACACAUAAAAAAAAUCAUGAACAAGAAUGUUGCAAAUUAUUCUAUUAUAAACUGAAAAAAGAUAUAAUAAUAAAAUUCCCAUCAGAAAAUUAUACUGACGCUAAGGCAUACUAUGGGAGAAUGACAGAAGAAUUUAAAGGAAGUUCUAGUACAAGGAUAUCUGAUAUAUGUAAGGCUUAUUCUGAUAACAUUGAGCAAGGUACAUUUCAAGUAUUGGGAUAUCUAUUUGAUAUAUAUGAAUACAUUGCUCUUUUUAAAGAUAUGAGAAAAAGCGACACUAGAAAGAUGGAUGCUUUCCAAAGGAAAAUAUUAUCUCUAGCGAAUUAUCCUUAUAAAAAAAAAAGCCUACUUAAGGCAGAAGUCGAUAAAAUUAUUGAUAUGUGUAAUGGCUAUAAAAAAAGUUGGACUAUGAAUCCCUACAAACAUGCUGCCGAUCGCAUAACUGAUAAUUGGAUUAAACAAAUAAUAAGUAAAUUCGACGAGGAAGAUGAAAAAAGAAGAAGGAUUAUUGAGGAACAAACGAAAACGUUGGAAACCAAUGUAUUAGUAGCUGAAACAUUAAAGGGCUAUGGUACGGAUGCUGUGACAAAUACCGGAAUAAGUAUUGGAACGGUUUUUAUAACUUUUUCAAUAUUAAUAAUAAUUUUUAUUUUUUGUAAGUAUACCCCUUAUUUUUCAUUUUUGCAAACAAGGGUACGAAAAUUUAGAAGAAGGUUAAAUAAAAACAACAAAAAUAAUAUUGACCUUAUGCAUUCAUUUGAUGUUGAAUACAAAAAUACAUUUAAAAAUAAAUAUAAAAUAGCAUAUAAUUAG